CUCGUACAUUAAAUUGAUCAUGAGGCCAGGAUUUUAAUUUGAUGCCUAAAUAAAUACGAAGUACUACGUAUAAAUAAAUCCUGAUAUAUCAUAUCCCCGUACGCCGUCCAUUUAUUAUUCAUCCACCUGGCCUGGCCUUUUAAUUUAAACAAAGUUAUAUAUAUUACGUCGUCCGGCCAUAUACAUUUAUAUCAUUCGAGCUAUAUAUCUAGCUUUAAUUACAUCUAUCUGAUCUGUUGAGACGUACGUACGUUCCUUGAUACAUGCAUAAUUAAUUAAUAAACUCGAUCGCCAUGCAGCAGGCUCGUACGUACGUAAUGGCAUCCGAAAUAAUUUGCUACUUGUUGCCGAUUGGUCUCAUGAUAUUGUUGGCAAAUACAAAUGGGGUUUCCUGCAGCCGAGUUAUGGUUGACCGCUCCGAUGACGAGAAGUCGCCGUCGUCGUCCAUGCGGCGGCGGGCUCAAUACGAGCAAUGGAGGAGGCUUCAUGGCAAGAGUUACAGGGACGCCAGUGAAGAAGAGGAGCGUUAUCACAUUUUCCGACAAAACGUGGAUCGAAUUGAGGCAUUUAAUAAUGCCAACAAGCAGCAGCGCGGCGGUUACCAGCUCGGCCUUAACAAAUUUGCAGACUUGACCAACCACGAGUUCCGCGCCAGGCAUGCCGGUGGUUACAACCCCAAAGUGUCGUUGUCCGCCACCGUUGCGCCGCCGCCGAAUCAUUUUAAGUACGAAAAUGUCACGGAGGUACCCGAAGCCUUGGAUUGGAGGGCACAAGGUGCAGUCACACCCGUCAAAGAGCAACUUCAAUGUGGUUGUUGUUGGGCAUUUUCUGCUGUGGCAGCCGUGGAGGGUCUGAACAAGAUAAAAACAGGUGAGCUGGUAUCUCUGUCAGAACAAGAGCUCCUCGACUGCAACGGGGAUGGCAUGAGUUGCGACGGCGGCAUCAUGGAAAACGCGUUCAACUUCAUUGUGAACAACAACGGCCUCGCCGCCGAGUCCAUUUAUCCCUACACUGCGCUACAGAGUGCUAGUUGUGGCGGCAAUGGCCACGCCGGCAGUGUCAGGAUCUCCGGGUACGAGAGUGUCCCCGCUGAAGACGAGAUUGCACUCUUGAAAGCGGUGGCGAAUCAGCCAGUGUCUGUGGGCAUAAACGGCGGCACAGAUGGCUUUCAGUUCUACUCGGGAGGAAUCUUUGACGACAUGGAUUGCGGACCCACCCUGAACCACGCCGUCACAGUGGUGGGGUAUGGUAGUGAUGAGGAGGCGGGGGCAAGUUAUUGGAUAGUGAAAAACUCAUGGGGCAGUGGUUGGGGUGAGGGUGGGUAUAUGAGGAUUACAAGGGAUACUAAUUAUGCUCAGAACCCUGGGAUGUGUGGGCUUGCUAUGGAUGGCUCUUAUCCAACCCUCUAAUUAAUAUCCAUCGUUCAUGUGAUCCAUAUCCGGCCAGCCUAACUAUAAGCUAGCUAGCACUUUAAUUAUUAUUGUGAAAAGAAGUUUAUAGUAGCUAUGAUUAAAACAUCUUCAAUGCUACAAUGUGCAUGAUGCACAUGUGGCAUGAGAGACGGCCACAUAAUAUUAUUAAAUAAAUAUUUUCUUUCCUUAUUUGAAUGAUUUUAUGCUGUUUUGGUAAGUUUUCUCCACAAUGUUAAGGAGACCGUCUAGAUGUUGACAUUGCAGGAAAAAACAUACCAAAAUUGUAUAAAAUCAUUCAAAUAAGGAGAGAGAUAAUUUAUUUGCUAAUAUUUGUGUGGUCAUCUCUCAUGCCACAUGUGCACCAUGCACAUUCUAGCAUUGAAGAUGCUCUUAAUCGUUAAAUUACACCCACCACUUUGUUUGUAAGUUAUAUACUGAAAAUAAUAUCGUAGUAAUAAUAGUUACGCUCACACACUUUCGUAAAUGAUUUACAACGUCAUAUUUCAUCUUUAUCAAAUUGAUAAUUUCUUUCCCUUCUAAAUAAGUGAAAAAUUGUUGACAAG